AUGGCGCAAAAUCAGCAAAGGACGGAGGCAAUUCUUAUGCAAAAUCAACAAAGGACGGACUCCGAAAUGCAGGAUAUAAGGAAUCAGAUAAGUCAAAUGGUUACAACAAUCAAUCGUUUGGAUUCCCAGAACCAAGGUGAAUUGCCAUCUCAACCUGAGUUGAACCCGAAGAAUGUCAGCGCCAUGACCUUGAGGAGUGGCAAAGAGGUUCAAGGGCCUGAGCUUGUGAUCCCUAAGGACAAGGAUGAGGAGAUGCAAGAAUCAAGAGUCUCAACAACCAUCGUCCCUGUCAGGGUACCAGCAGCAAUACCAAUCCCGACCACCUCCGCCCCCAAGCUCUGGUCCAUCUUUGGAGGAGAUGAUAAAACAAGUGAUGACAAACAUGGCGCAAAAUCAGCAAAGGACGGAGGCAAUUCUUAUGCAAAAUCAACAAAGGACGGACUCCGAAAUGCAGGAUAUAAGGAAUCAGAUAAGUCAAAUGUUACAACAAUCAAUCGUUUGGAUUCCCAGAACCAAGGUGAAUUGCCAUCUCAACCUGAGUUGAACCCGAAGAAUGUCAGCGCCAUGACCUUGAGGAGUGGCAAAGAGGUUCAAGGGCCUGAGCUUGUGAUCCCUAAGGACAAGGAUGAGGAGAUGCAAGAAUUUAAUGAGUUGUCAAAAGAAAUCCCACCUGAAAUUUGCAACUUGAGAAACUUGACUCGUUUAGCUCUUGGUAGUAAUCAACUUUCAGGUCCAAUUCCAUCUGGAAUAGGAACUCUGCAUAAUCUUGUUGCACUUGGUCUGGAGGACAACAAUUUAACAGGUUCAAUUCCAUCCACUUUUGGCAACCUCAACAGGCCAGUAAAGUUACACCUUUUCCGAAAUCACCUAUAUGGUCCUAUCCCCCACACGAUAGGAAAUCUGAUCUCACUCCAACUUCUUAUCUUGUCUCAAAAUAAUCUUGUUGGUGCAAUCCCAAAGUCACUAGGCAAUUUGACUAAUUUAAUUCAUCUGUAUCUCUAUGAGAAUCAACUUUCAGGUCCAAUUCCACAAGAUUUGGGUGAUCUCAAAUUCCUUAUUGAAAUGGCAAUAAGUGAGAAUCAAUUUAAUGGUUCUAUUCCUGUUUCAAUUGGUAAUUUGAGUAACUUAAACAAACUGUAUCUCCGAGCGAGCCAAUUUUCUGGUACCAUUCCAGAAGAGCUUGGAAAACUGCAAAAGUUAGUAGUUUUGGAAUUGGAUCAAAAUCAGUUAUCUGGUCCAUUGCCGGAACUGCUAUGCCAAAAUGGAACCCUCCAAAGCAUAACUGUAUCUGAGAACAAGCUUACAGGUCCAAUCCCUCGAAGCUUGAAAUAUUGCUCAAGCUUAAUUAGGGCCCGCUUCAACGGGAACCAUUUCCACGGUAACUUGUCAGAAAUGUUUGGCAUCUAUCCCUUCCUGGAUUUCAUAGAUCUCAGCAACAACGAAUUCCAUGGUGAACUCUCCAGCAGCUGGAGAAAAUGCAAAAGCUUGACAACCCUGAAGGUUGGAAAGAACAACAUCACAGAGGCUUUAGCAAAAUUGCCUGGUCCAUUGCACAUUAAUAUUUCAUUCAAUAAUUUAGAGGGUCCAAUUCCGAGUGGUAGAGCCUUUAUGAAUUUAACCAUAGAGGAAGUACAAGGAAAUAAAGGUUUGUGCGGGAAUAUUUCAGGGUUACCGGCUUGUGAAAGUUCCCCGUUGAUUAAAAAGCAUGUCAAGAAUAAGGGGAAGAAAAAACUUGUUCUCACAAUUUUAAGUCCUCUUCUGGGAUCUUUCGUACUUCUUUGUGCAUUCUUUGGUGGUCUCAGAUUGCAUAAGCAAUGGAAAAAAAGUUCAGGAACGGAAGAUAUUGAUAUGAACAAAGUAAACUUAUUUUCCAUAUGUACUUUUGAUGGCAAAGCAUUGUAUAAGGAAAUAGUAAUGGCUACAGAAGAGUUCAGUGACAUAUUGUGCAUUGGUAAUGGAGGUUAUGGAAGUGCUUACAAAGCACAGCUUCCAUCAGGUGAUGUAGUGGCUGUAAAGAGACUUCACAACAUGCCUGAGAUGGCAAGUCAUAAAAAUUUUUUGAAUGAGAUAAGGGCCUUGACAGAAAUCAAGCAUCGAAACAUUGUGAAACUCUUUGCGUUCUGCUCAAAUUCUCAGCAUUCAUUUUUGGUAUAUGAGUACCUUGAAAGAGGGAGCUUGGCCAAAAUCUUUAGCAUAGAAGAAGAAGCUAAGGAACUAGACUGGCGAAAGAGAUUAAAAAUCAUCAAAGGCAUUGCUCAUGCUUUAUCUUACAUGCAUCAUGAUUGUUCGCCAGCCAUUGUACAUCGGGACAUAUCAAGCAACAACAUUUUGCUUGAUCCAGAAUAUGAGGCUCACAUUUCAGAUUUUGGCACUUCUAAGUUUCUGAAAAAUGAUUCAUCUAAUUGGAGUUCUCUUGCAGGCACAUAUGGAUAUGUUGCACCAGAAUAUGCCUACACAGUGAAAGUAACUGAAAAGUGUGACGUUUAUAGCUUUGGGGUCCUGACAAUGGAAGUGAUGAAAGGAAAGCAUCCCGGUGACUUGAUUGCUUAUCUAAUGUCUUCAAGCCAUGAAGAGAUAGAACUGAAAGACUUGCUCGAUCAAAGACUUCGGUAUCCCAAUGAAGAAAUUGAAAACAUUCUGGCAUCCGUUCUUAAACUAGCCAGAGCAUGUCUGCAUGUUGAUCCACAAUCUAGGCCAACGAUGCUCUUUAUUUCCAGGUUGUUAUCAACAGGUCCAUCGUCUGUGUAA